UUGUUUGUGCUUUAUAUGUACUGUGUAUGCUCUUUACUAGGAAAUAGUUUUGCAUUUAGGACAAGUACCGGCACAUGAUAUCUUAUUUCAUCUUUUUCUUUGCAAAUAGUACUGCAGUAUGAUGUUUUCUUUGAAGAUGGUAAAAUUGCGUGUUCGAGAAAAAGAUGGUGAAUUGCUUUCCCCCAUGAGCACUCCCUGUCUUUUUUCAACAGCACAUGAGCAUUCCCCUCUCUGUUUUUUGUUUUUGUUUUUGUUUUUUUACCGAACAAUUUCUGCUCUGCAUCCGAGUGUUUUUUUUGCCUUUUCACGUCAUGCUAUAGGAUGCGCACUAGUAAUACGAACGUCGGUAACUCGUGUAAAUCCUGCAUCUCUCCUCCUGUUUGAUGGAUCAUUUAUAGUUCCGGCAUCAAAUGUGGAUGGCUGGAGGGACAGUACUCACUGUUGAGUUUUCAGGAAUCCCUCACCUUCGCCACAGGAAUACGACCAGCUAACUUUUUGGCUCUUCUUGAUCAUAGACCCUAUACUGCUUCCGUGGUUGUUCUUGUGACUUGAAGGUCGCACUUUCUUAGCUGUUGCCAUCUUUCUUGUUCUGUGGAUCUGAUUCUACGGUUUCGGUAUUCUCAUAUUUCCACCGAGUGUGGCGGUGGGUGCAAGUGUGCAACUAGUUAAUUAACUUUGUUUUGGCACUGUACCUUACAAAUAUGAGAAAAACAAUGAGGAAUUGAAGUUCUAAUCGAUGCCCAAUCAUUACGAACUUGAAUCGGCAUUCGAUAUCUAUGCAAUUCUGCCGAAUGGUGGAGUCCAUUUCACCUCCUUAUGCUAGUACUGGUCCAUGCGUUAAAAGUAAAUCCUUCAAGAGUUCUGUUUAUUUUUUCAAACUGUAGGCUCACUAGUUGGUUAGUAAGAAUAUCUGGAGAAGGUCACAAGUUAAUAGUGGCAUGUUUCAGAGGGUUUAAACUUAGAUGGGCCCGGUUCAUUGCUUAAUAACUAACCUUAUUCUGGGCUGGCCCAUGCACUGUAUGGCAGUAGCAUCUGAUCCUUGGGUUGGUCACUUGAUCUUCAGCCUGCAGUGCCAACUGUAAUUGAUCUUCAUUCAGAAGUCUUUAUUCUGAUCUCUGGAUGUGAUCCAGCUGGUGCAUGGUUGUUAGUAGUACCAACAACUCUAUUUCAGGACUUGGUUUCCACUUUUGCCCUUGCGUUUGUCUAUUGCAUCAGGCUUAACCUUUUCACUUUGGACAAUCUUUAUGUAAGGCUGCAAGGGUUAGUUGUUCCUUGUUUAGCCUUGCAAGGAAUUGACUGUCCAGCUCCCGAUCUACUCCACACCCUUUAAGUAAAGCUCCUUCAGUUGGCAAACCCGGCAAGUUAGAAGGUCAUCAGACAUUCCUUAAAAUGAUUCUUGCAUCGCACUGAGAUCAGGUAUCAAGGCGCAGGUUGAUGUAUUCCACUCCCAGCACUGAUCCUGGGAGAGACAAAGAGAAGUGCUUCGCAAUCGGAGCUAACCUGCUUGCUUCACUAGACCAUACCAUGGAUUUCGACGAGCCUAUCGUCUUUCCUAUGCACAAUGUAGGCUUGCAAGAGGGGGUUCAGGUUUACAGUUCUGCCCGUGAUACUCAGCUAAGUAGAAGUAUGAGCACGGGGAAGUGUUUAAAGGGUGGUAAAAGGAAGGGUUCUGGAGAGGACAGUUCAUCAAUACAUUCUCAGGCUGAAACCGGUGCAUCAUCUCAGCGAGAAGUCAGCAUGGAGCGUGCUGAUGAGAAGGCAGGUGAUGCUGAUGCCAACACAGAUGACUACGUGCAUGUCCGAGCAAAGCGAGGCCAAGCCACCAAUAGCCACAGCCUUGCAGAAAGAUUUCGAAGAGAGAAGAUAAAUGAAAGGAUGAAGUUUCUUCAAGACCUCGUCCCUGGUUGCAACAAGAUUACAGGCAAGGCCAUGAUGCUUGAUGAGAUCAUAAACUAUGUGCAAUCUCUGCAGAGGCAGGUUGAGUUCCUUUCAAUGAAGCUCUCGACUAUCAGUCCUGACCUGAACUGCGGUCUCGACCUACAAGAUAUCCUUCGCUCACAAGAAGCUCGCUCUGAGUUUCCGGGAUACGGCCAGCAAAUGAGCAAUGUGCAUCUUAAUCUGUACAGGGCAUCUGAACAAGGCUUCUCGCGUCCAGAACCGUACGGGGUCAUUCCAAAUCCAGCAAAUGUUCAUGUGGCAAGAACGGCUCAGUUAUCUGCAUUUCCUCAGCAGAGAGGAGUCUUUUGGGAUGAAGAACUUCGCAACAUUGCUCCAGAUGCUUUCGCUUCAGACACCGGUGCCGUUAGCGUCGAGAAUUCUGAUUCAAUGAAAGUCGAUUAGGUAGCCGGCAGCUGAUGCCGAGGAAUGCUCACAUCUGAAAAUCUUGACAAGCUCGUCUGUCGGACUUCUGGCUGGGGUGCUUUUGCAAGCAGUUUUCCAUGGGGUGAGCUAGUUAACUUUGGUCGUUGAGGAGGAUUCUAGUGUCCACUCGUGUACAGUUUGACCAAUCAAAGGGGGUGAAAAAGCUUGUGAUCUGGUUUAAUAUUGUAACAUGCAUGCCUGGAAUUUAUGGUGUAAUUGGGUUUGAUGGCGUGUGGUUCGACCCAGAAAUUUGCUCGUAUUAGUGUGGAAAGCUUAAAAAGUUUAACUGCAUGUAUUACAUAACAAAUUUUGUGGAAAUGGUUCGAAAUC